AUGUUUUCGCGAGUUGGAAGAUUGACAACAUUCGGAGCUCACGCAAUCUCGAAUUGUCCGUUUCGAAGAGACAAAAAUUAUUUGCCGCAAAGAGCGCAAGCUUCUGCGUUGGGCCACAAUUCGGAUGGUUAUAUCAAUUUUGCGCAUCACACUUUCUCGAAUACGAUUCGACAGAGAACGUGAGUUAUUUUUGGGCGAAGGAAGGGAUUUUUGGGGGAAAUUUGAGUUAGACAAAAUCAGGGUCUUUUUAAAGUGGUUUUUGAAACAGUAAAUUUUCUAGAAAAUUAUUUUCGUCACAAACGCUAGUAGAAUUAAACCUUCUACUAUUGGAAACACGUUUAUGUUUAUUUGAAACAGUGAAAAUUUUUUUCAAAAAUUGUGAAUAUUCAGUUUUCCAUUUUAUCAAAAGUUCGCCACCCAAAAAUUUUUCAUGAUUUUUUUGAAACAGUGAUUUUUUUUAUUUGAAAAAAUCAUGGAAAAUUUUUUUUUCAAAUUGUUUCUAUUUAAAAAUACUCAUGAAUUUCAGUAAAUUUUUUUCAAUAUUUUAGUUCCAAAAAAAAGAGCAAUAUAAUUUUGGAAAUAAUAUCAAUGAAAAUUCAUGUUUUCUUUGAAACAGUGCUCUCUCAGAAAAUUACAGUUUAUUUGGAAAUGAAAAUAUAACUAAAUCGUCAGUUAUCAGAACUUUUUGAGAUCCAAAAAUAAUUAUGAAUUUUUUGAAACAGUACAUUGUUUUCGGGUAUUUUUUGUCUUCAAAAAUAAUUGAAUUUUAUAGAUAUUUUACGUUAAUGGGGUUCUGACCAAAUCACACUUUUCUAAUUCCAAAAAAAUUCAUCUAUUUUUUGAAACGUACUUUUUUCGGGAUGAAAAGUUAUUCACUGUAUCAAAAUUCUAUACCCAAAAUUUUUUAUUAUUUUUUCUUGAAACAGUGAAUUUUUCAUUCUGGAAAUUAUUUGAAAAUUAUUUUUUCUUGAAAAAUAUUGGAAAAUGUUCACUGUUUCAAGAAAAUUAUAUAUUUUCUGGAUUUUUCAUAAAGAUAAUGUAGAUAUAAGAAGAUAAACGGAAAAUUUCAACAUGAAGAGAAACUAUUUUCACUAGAAAAAUUUCACUGUUUCAAAAGUUUCACAAAAAUGAACUAGUGGGAAGACUGAUAAAUUAUUUUAACAAAGUUUGGAGGGAAUCACACUUUUCUAAUUCCAAAAAAUUCAUCUACUUUUUGAAACGUAUUUUUUUCAAGAUGGGGAAUUAGUCAAAAUCAAAAUUCUUCACCCAAAAAUUUUUAUUAUUUUUUCUUGAAACAGUGAAUUUUUCAUUCUGGAAAAUGUUUGAAAAUUAUUUUUUCUUGAAAAAUAUUUGAAAAUUCUCACUGUUUCAAGAAAAUUAUAUAUUUUCUUUCGAUUUUUCAUGAAGACAAUGUCGUACAAAAAUGUAAAAAAUGGUAAAUCUCAUCAUGAAGAGAAACUAUUUUCACUAGAAAAAUUUCACUGUUUCAAAAGUUUCUCACAAAAUUAUUUGAACUAGUGGUAAGACUAAUGAAUUCAUUGGUACUUACCAAUUCACACUUUUCUAAUUGCAAAAAAAUUCAUCUAUUUUUUGAAACGUAUUUUUUUCGAGAUGAAAAAUUGUUCACUGUAUCAAAAUUCUAUACCCAAAAAUUUUUAUUAUUUUUUCUUGAAACAGUAAAUUUCUUAUUUUGGAAAUGAGGUGAAAAUUAUUUUUUCUUGAAAAAUAUUGGAAAAAUUCUCACUGUUUCAAGAAAAUUAUGUAUUUUCUGGUUUUUUCAUGAAGACAAUGCCAUGAAAAAUAGUCUAUUUCAACAUGAAGAAAAACUAUUUUCUCUAGAAAAAUUUCACUGUUUCAAAAGUUUCUCAAAAUUAGUAGGAAGACUGAUAAAUUAUUUUAACAAUGUUUGGGGGAAUCAAACUUUUCUAAUUCCAAAAAAUUCAUUUAUUUUUUUGAAACGUAUUUUUUUCGAGAUGAGAAUUCACAACAUCAAAGUUCUGCACCCAAAAAUUUUUAUUAUUUUAUCUUGAAACAGUGAAGUUUUGAAAAUUGUUAAAAAUAAUUUUUUUUUUGGUUUUUGGGAACUUUCAACCUUGAAAAAUAUUAAAAAUUCUCACUAUUUCAAGAAAAUUAUAUAUUUUCUGGAUUUUUCAUGAAGACAAUGCCAUAUGAAGUAGUAUAUUUCAACAUGAAGAGAAACUAUUUUCACUAGAAAAAUUUCACUGUUUCAAAAGUUUCUCAAAAUUAUUUGAACUAGUGGUAAGACUAAUGAAUUCAUUAGUACUGACGGAGUGACACUUUUCUAAUUCCAAAAAAUUCAUUUAUUUUUUGCAACGUAUUUUUUUCGAGAUGGGGAAUUAGUCAAAAUCAAAAUACUGCACCUAAAAAUUGAUAUAAUUUUUUUUUGAAACAGUGAAGUUCUGAAAAUUGUUGAAAAUUAUUUUUUUUUUUGAAAAAAAUUGGAAAAUUUUCACUGUUUCAAGAAAAUUAUAUAUUUUCUGGAUUUUUGAAGAAGACAAUGUCGUACAAAAAUGCUAAACAUGGUAAAUCAACAUGAAGAAAAACUAUUUUCACUAAAAAAAAUUUCACUGUUUCAAAAGUUUCACAAAAUUAUUUGAACUAGUGGUAAGACUAAUGAAUUCAAUUGUACUUACCAAUUCACACUUUUCUAAUUCCAAAAAAAUUCAUCUAAUUUUUGAAACGUAUUUUUUUCGAGAUGGGGAAUUAGUCAAAAUCAACAUUUUUCACCCAACAAUUUUUAUUAUUUUUUCUUGAAACAGUGAAGUUUUCAUUCUGAAAAUUGUUGAAAAUUAUUUUUUUUUGAAAAAUAUUGGAAAAUUCUCACUGUUUCAAGAAAAUUAUAUAUUUUCUGGAUUUUUCAUGAAGGUGUCCCAUAAAUUUGAAAUCCGAAGAAAUUCCCAGAGGUUAUUUUAUUUGUAAAAUUUAUGAAACAGUCAAAUUUUUCUCCACAAAUAAUCCUCAUAUAUUUUUGCAGAACAUCUGACAGUUCCACCUCAAAUGCCGAUCCAUUUCUCGGAGUUCUUUCAAAUGACGAAAGAGAAGUUAUAAAAGAAUUGGAAUUGUUGGAUUUGGACAGUUGGAAUGGCGCAAAUCCAAUUGCUGGAAGUCUUCAGAAUCCUGAAAUUCCAUCUGGAAGUGAAGGAAUCUCAAAUACACAAAAUGAUUAUCAAAUGACAUCUUCUUCGUGGACAAAUAAUCCGAGAUUUGGUUGCGAUGAAUUGUGUAAUGAUGAUUUUGAGGAUUGGACAAGUGUUGUUAGAGAACAUGAUCAGAAUGUGGUGAGGAAUUUGGGGGGGGGGGGGGUUUGGGAUGAAAUUUUGAAAUUUUACUGAUGAAUUUGAAUUAUUCAACAUAAUUUAGGUAUGCAUGUUUUGAUGUAUAGCUCAAAAAAUUAGUAUUGUUAUUUAAAUCUUUUUUUGAAAAUAUUUUUUUUAAUUUUGAGAACUGUGGAUUUUUACGCCAGACUUUUUGCAAAAUAUUCCAUCAGAGAAUAAAACGAAUAACACAUUUCUCAAUGAUUUUCAAAAAUUAUGAAUUUUGUGAAACAGUUGAAUUUUUUUAUUCAAAAAAAAAAAUUAUUUUAAAUUAUUAUCCCAGUAUUUGACUGCAACAAACGAAUUUUUCUAGAUUAAAAAAUCAAAAUUCAUGUAUAAUUUUUGAAACAGUGAAGUUUUGCCUUGGAAAUUUUAUUUUUUCAUGAGAUUUUCUGAAUUUUCAAAUCAAUUUUUAGCCCAAAAAAUAUUUGCUUCUAAGUUUCGAAAAAAAAUUCAUUUCCUAGAAUAGACAACCAACCAAUCAACGAAUUUUCAUUAGUUUAAAAAAAUUUAUGAAUUUUUUGAAACAGUGAAGUUUUGACUUUUUUUUAAUUUUUAAAUUUUGCCUUGGAAAUUUUACUUUUUCAUGAGAAUUUCUGAAUUUUCAAAUCAAUUUUUUAGCUUUAAAAAUGUGCUUCAAAAUUUGAAAAAAAAAUUUAAACGUGAAUUUUCUGCCGCAGAAUAUAACCUAUCAAACGAAAUUUCAGUGGUUUUGAAAAAUGUAUGAAUUUUUUGAAACAGUGAAGUUUUGACUUUUUUUAAAAUUUUUAAAUUUUGCCUUGGAAAUUUUAUUUUUUCAUGAGAAUUUCUGAAUUUUCAGAGCAAUUUUUAGCACAAAAAAUAUUUUCUCCCUAGUUUCGAAGAAAAAUCCAAUUGCAUUUCCUAGAACAGACAACCAAUCAAUUAAACGAAUUUUCAGUGGUUUUGAAAAAUGUAUGAAUUUUUUGAAACAGUGAAGUUUUGACUUUUUUUUAAUUUUUAAAUUUUGCCUUGGAAAUUUAAGUUUUUCAUGAAAAGUUCAGAACUUGGUCCAAAGCUUCCAAAAAAUUUGCCACGUGGAUUUUUUGACCCAGAAUAAUUUAUUUUGAUUGAAUAUAAUUUCGAUUCAAUUUAACGAACUUUUCGUGGCUUUGAAAAUUAUACAAAUUUAUUUUGAAACAGUGAAAUUUUCACGAAUUUUGAUUGGAAAAACAAUUUUCCACGUGGAUUUUAGGUAGCUCAUUUUCACUUUUUUUCAAGCAAAAAUGUUGUGAGAUUUUUCACAAGUUUUCCUGGGGUCAAAUUUCAAAACCUCAUUUUUCAUCUCACAAAAUCUUCAAAUUUUUCCAGGCCCACCAACACCAGAAUCUUCACCAACAAAAUCAGCCGCAAGAUCAAAAUCAACAUCAAUUCUACACCACCACAAACAACAAUCAGCCGCCACUGGGUUUCAACGCGCCAAAAUUUGAGAAUUUGAAAAAUUUCGAAAAUGACAUUGAUAACGCGUCGAAGUUGGUUGAUUGGGAUGUAAGUUUUGACAGAAAUUUUUGACCUAAAAAUUUUCACCGAAAAACGUUCGCCGUUUUUUUCCACGUGGAAAACAAAUAUAUAAGAAAAAUGAUGAUGCAAUUUUUCAUUAUUGUAGUUUUUUCGGAAAAAAUGCUUUUUUUGUUUUUUUUUUUGAAACAGUGCAUUCUUUCUUUGUUUUGAAAUGUUGCAUCAGCUUUUUUUUUUUGUAAAAAAAUAUUUUCUGGAUUAUUUUUAGCAGCUUUUUCUUCAAAGAUUUAGAACUUUUUGAAUUUUUUGAAAUCUUUGAAAUUUAAAAAAAAACUCUGAAAUUUCAGAUAAUUCUAAAAUUCAGAACAUCUAGAACUUUUCAUUUGAAACUUUCAGAACUAAAAAAAACGGCUGAAAUUCGAGUUUUUCUGAGUUUCAUCAACUUUGUAAUGAAAUUUAGAUUUUGAAAAUUAAUUUCGAAAUGUUCUUCUUUUUUUGUUGAAAAAUUGUGAAAUUUGAGAAUUUUUCCGCAAAACAUGUAUUGAUUUUUCAAAAAAAAAUCCUAUAAAUUUUGAAACAGUGAUUUUUUUGUUAUUGGAUUCUGAAAAUUUCUCAAAAAAUGCAGAAUUUUAAAAUUCGGGGAAAAAAUUCACUGUUUCAAAAUUUGUAGAAAAUUUUCUUGAUUUUUUGGAAAAUCAAUCGGUGGAGUGGAAACAUUUUAGUAUAAAAUUUUCUUGAAAUUCAGAUUUUCAAGCAAAAUUUUUUUGAUGAAAAAUAUCCCAAUUCCCAUCAAAAAUAACUAGAAGAUUCACACUUUAAGCAAAAAAAAAUGCACUGUUUCAAAAUUUUUUAAAGUUUUCUUGAUUUUUUGGAAAAUCAAUCGGUGUGUGACAAUUUCUAGUAUAAAAUUUUUUGAAAUUCAGAUUUUCAAGCAACAUUUUUUGUUAAAGUUUUAUUGAAUUCUGAAAAUUUUUAAAAUUCGGAGAAAUUUUCAGAAACAUUUUUUUAGCAAAAAAAAAUUCACUGUUUCAAAAUUUGUAGAAAAUUUUCUCGAUUAUUUGAAAAAUUAAUCCGUGCGUGACAACUUUUAGUAUAAAAUUUUUUUGAAAUUCAGAUUUUCAAGGAACAUUUUUUUGUUGAAAAUCUCCCAAUUCCCUUUAAAAAUAACUAGAAGAUUCACACUUUAAGCAAAAAAAAAACUCACUGUUUCAAAAUUUUUAGAAAUUUUUCUUGAUUUUUGGAAAAUCAAUGUUUUCUUUUUAGUAUAAUUUUUUUGAAAUUCAGAUUUUCAAGCAAAUUUUUUUGUCAAAAAACUCCCAAUUCUUUUCAAAAAUAACUGAAAGAUUCAGAUUUUUAGCAAAAAAAAAUUCACUGUUUCAAAAUUUUUCUUGAUUUUUUUUUGGAAAUUCAGAUUUUCAUACGAAAAAUUCGAUUUUUGUUGAAAAUCUCUGCAUUCCCUUUAAAAUAGCUACGAAAAACUUCACUGUUUCAAAAAAUAUCUCAAUUUUUUGCAGGCCUGGAGUCGUUAUCUUGCCGAAGACGAUCAAAUAAUCAGUGGUUGUGGUGCACCGGUUGCACCAUCUCCUGCACCACAACAAAUGGAUUCCACGUCAUAUGUCAAUUAUUUGUCAGCUGUUCCAAAACUCGAAACAUCGACGCCGAUUUUGAGAUUCGAAGAUGAAAUCAAACAAGAACAGGAUUUUGAGCUUCAAAAUUAUGAGCCAAGCUUCGGCCGCAAUGCAAUUUCAACAAAUCCAGACUAUGAUCUCAAUCUUUUCCAAUCGGGACCUCUUACUUAUAUUCCGAAAUCUGAAGAAGAUGAUUGUAAGAGUUUGGCAUCAUCAUCGAGUUCCAGGAAAUUGAGAACAUCUAGAAGAACCUAUCGAUCUACAGAAUCUGAAAGAUCUUGGACACCUGCAUCUGAUGAUUAUUAUAAUGAAGAGAAGCCGAAAUUCAAGAAACGUGGAGUUGUUGUGAAACCGUCGGUUGAUGAAGAAACUGAUAGAAGAAGAGCGUUGAAUCGAGUUGCGGCAAUUCGAUAUCGAGAGAAGAAGAGGGAGGAGAAAAUGGCGAGAAAUCGGUGAGCGCAAUUUUUUGAUUAAAAAAUUUGUUUUGAAAAUUGUUCACUAGAAUUUUUUGUUGUGAAAAAAUUCCGAAAAAAUAUGGAAAAAUUGAAUAUUAAACCUGGAAAUUGCAAAAAUAUACCAUUUUUUGUCACUUCAAAAAUUCACUGUUUCAAAAAAAAAUGAUAAAUUUUCGAAAUCUUUCGAAAUUUUGAUUCUGAACUAACAAAUCAGAAUGCCCCUGAAAAAAGUGAAAAAAAACAUCGGAAAUCAUGUCGGAAUAUUCAAAAAAUCCGAGUUUCACCUGAAAAAUUGAAAAAAUAUGAAAAUUUUCCGAGUAUUUUUCAAUCACAAAUUAUGUCGAAAAUUCACUGUUUCAAAAUAAUUUAUGAAAUUUUUACAAUCUUUCGAAAAUUGAUAAAUUUCAUUUCCUGUGUCUUCUGUAAACUAUACACAAAACUUCAUACUUAUUCCAAUUGGAAAACAUUACACUAAAAAUCAGACUUUAUCUCCUGAAAGUUUAGGAAAAAAUUUAAUUUUCAUUUUUUCUCAAAAAAAAUUUCACUGUUUCAAAAAAAUCAUGAAUUUUUUCACUAUUCCGAAAAUUUAAUUCCAUUCGCGAUGAGUUUAGCUUUCCGGUUUUGAAUCUUUCAUGGAAAAGUUUGAAUUUUUCAUCCAAUUUUUUUCAUUUACACAAAAAUUUUCACUGUUGCAAAAAUUAAACUAACGAAAUUUUGAACGCGUGAAAAAAUUCAUGAUUGUUUUGAAACAGUGAUUUUUUUUAUGAAAAAAUAAAAUUUUCAUUUUUUUUUUCAAAAAAAAAAUUCACUGUUUCAAAAAAAUCAUGAAUUUUUAUAAUCUUUCGAAAGUUUGAUAUAAGAAAUUUACGGGAAAAAUUAAUUUUUAAUUUUUUUUUUCCAACGAAAAAUUCACUGUUUCAAAAAAAUCAUUAAUUCUUUUACUUUUCAAAAAUUCGAUUUCUCUUUUCUACAGGUUCGAAAAAUAAAAAGCAAUUUUUUUUCUGAAAUUUUGCCUCGAAUUCUUUGAAAAAUCGUUAAAAUUCAAACGUUUUCUGAACUAGAAUUCAUUAUUUUCAAAUCCAAUUUUGUUCUUUUUUCAGCGAUUAUCAAGAAGUUCUCCAACGCAACAAAAUGCUUCGCCAACAAGAAAAACAAUUAUCCAAAGAAAUUUCGGAGCUCAAAAAGAAGAUGAAAAAAUACGAAAAUCACCACUAA